AGUUGGGAUCAUUUUCAGUGAUGGCGGUUUCUGAAAAGACGUUGGCUGUUGCUCGAAGUUUUAAGGCAAAACUAGACCAACUUGGCUGUCCCUUCACUGAAGAUGUAGACGUGUCAUGGAUACUAGAGCUGAUAUUCAAGCCUGGAGAGCCCAGGAUACGUUUGCUCCAGUGGCUGUUUUCAAAGUUUGACUCCAAGUUGAAUGACAUGUUAGAUCCACAGUUGGCUGCCACUGACACUAAAAUUGACUCCAGAAUUCAGAGACUACUGUUUAUAGCGAACACUUUGGGACUGUGCAGAUAUGAUGAUGUGGACCUCAUAAGGGGUGUUGCCUCUCAGGCUAAACAAAUCUCUUUCAUGGAUCAACUGUUAGACUUGGUGUGGAUUAAAGACACAGCUGAUGAUCCUCAGCUCAGACACAUGCAGAGUCCAGGAGUGGUUAGUGAGACCACCCAAAUAGAUGACCAGUUUACUCAAGACUGUUGGCUGGCAGACACAAUAGCUGGUCAGGAGAGGAUGCACACCAUGUUCAGUCCUAAGGCGCGCCUCCUGCCCCCUGAUCUCAUGAAGUCUGUGGAACAAAGUUGGAAGCAGAGGGAGAAGAAGAAUCCAAAUUGCUUUUUUAUGUACAGACACAGAUGUGGUGUUGCCUCUCAGGCUAAACAAAUCUCUUUCAUGGAUCAACUGUUAGACUUGGUGUGGAUUAAAGACACAGCUGAUGAUCCUCAGCUCAGACACAUGCAGAGUCCAGGAGUGGUUAGUGAGACCACCCAAAUAGAUGACCAGUUUACUCAAGACUGUUGGCUGGCAGACACAAUAGCUGGUCAGGAGAGGAUGCACACCAUGUUCAGUCCCAAGGCGCGCCUCCUGCCCCCUGAUCUCAUGAAGUCUGUGGAACAAAGUUGGAAGCAGAGGGAGAAGAAGAAUCCAAAUUGUUCCCAUGUCCCAGAUAUAACACAGCUUGUCCAGAUGUCACAAGAACUGUCCAGAAAUUUGGCUAGGCAGACAGAAAUACUAAAUGAAUUAAAAGCAGGUUACCAUCUCCCAGAGCAGGAUGAUGCUCUCCAGGACAAAGUGACCAGAACACUGAGACUGGUGCUGUCAGAAUUGUCCCAGCUAGUUGUGGGGUUUUCUUAUGUCUUUGAAAAUGAGAUGCGGCAGUGGUGUAAUAAGACACCACCCUCCUUGACGGAGCUGGGCCCAGCUUUUAAAAGAGUUCACACCAUGCUACAGCAAUUUACAGCUCUCUUACAAGGUUUAUCAACAAUAAGAAGUUCCUAUACAACUGUGUGUGAAGAAAGUUCUGAGAGGACUAAAACCAUCUUAAAUCCAGACAAGACAGCAGGAUUAGCAUAUGUCAGCCAGGCAGCCUUGGACAGUUUCCAGGAGUGCGUCUCUGUUCUGGAGGAGACUAUGAGACACAGGGGUCAGAGGAAAGGACAAUCGGAGGCCAGUUUUCUUGGAAAUUCUACCAUGAUCAAACUGAUGAAUGUACAAUCAGACUUACAACCAGGGAUAAAGGAUGCAGCAGCAGCAGAUUUAGUGAUGAUAUGGAUAAUUUCCCACUUCCCUUUCAGUUCCCAUGUCCCAGAUAUAACACAGCUUGUCCAGAUGUCACAAGAACUGUCCAGAAAUUUGGUCAGGCAGACAGAAAUACUUAAUGAAUUAAAAGCAGGUUACCAUCUCCCAGAGCAGGAUGAUGCUCUCCAGGACAAAGUGACCAGAACACUGAGACUGGUGCUGUCAGAAUUGUCCCAGCUAGUUGUGGGGUUUUCUUAUGUCUUUGAAAAUGAGAUGCGGCAGUGGUGUAAUAAGACACCGCCCUCCCUGACGGAGCUGGGCCCAGCUUUUAAAAGAGUUCACACCAUGCUACAGCAAUUUACAGCUCUAUUACAAGGUUUAUCAACAAUAAGAAGUUCCUAUACAACUGUGUGUGAAGAAAGUUCUGAGAGGACUAAAACCAUCUUAAAUCCAGACAAGACGGCAGGAUUAGCAUAUGUCAGCCAAGCAGCCUUGGACAGUUUCCAGGAGUGCGUCUUUGUUCUGGAGGAGACUAUGAGACACAGGGGUCAGAGGAAAGGACACUCGGAGGCCAGUUUUCUUGGAAAUUCUACCAUGAUCAAACUGUGAUGGUCCUUUGUGGGGAAGAAAAUUUCUGAGCACAGCCAUUUGCCAAGAAGGAAUAGGAAUUUUUUCUGUAUGGUCCAAUCUCAAAAACAUUUGGUAACCCUUCUAAUUCUAGCAAAUGGUUUGGACUAGAUGUAUUCCUCAUAUUAAUCCAGACUUAAAACAAUUCAACUUGGUAGUAAUGGGGAAAAAAAAACGGCUCAUCAAGUACUUCAGGAAAUCGUGCCUGAGGAUGGAAAUGAUACGGCAUUUGCAGAUCUCUACAGAGAAUGGCUAAACAGGGAUUGACCAAACUAUUUCCAUGAAUGGCUUCAUACUUGUUACUUCUUGGUUAUUGAAAUAAAUUAUUUUUCUACAAGACAUUUCCCUUUUGAUUUUAUACUCCGGUAUUCACACUACUGAAAUAUUACUUAU